CGACGCCGAUUUCGGGCUUUUUAUGGCUGCGAAGAAAUUCUAGCCGCGUAGAAAUUGGCCGCACACGGAGGUAACUGUCGUCGAGCCAGCAGUGAGUGCGGCCGACGCUAGGGGUGCUCGGUUUCGAAUCGCGAUUUCCUGCGGGUCACAGCCGGCCUCUUCCCCUGUCAAGUGACGUAGUCCUCCCUCAGCCGCCCGACCUAUGCAACACUACUGAUAGCCGAGCAGCAGCCGCCGCGAUGCUCAUCAAGGAAUUUCGCGUCGUUCUUCCCAUUACCGUGGAAGAGUACCAGGUGGGCCAGCUGUACUCGGUGGCUGAGGCGAGCAAGAACGAGACGGGCGGCGGCGAGGGCAUCGAGGUGAUCAAGAAUGAACCCUUCGAGGGCAAGGACCUGCUCGGCGGCAAGUACACCAAGGGCCAGUACACCUACAAGAUCUACCACCUGGAGAGCAAAGUGCCCUCGUUCAUCCGCAUGCUGAUGCCGAAGGGGUCCCUCGUGGUCCACGAGGAGGCCUGGAACGCCUACCCCUACUGCCGCACCGUGCUCACCAACCCGGACUACAUGGCCAACAACUUCACAAUCUGCAUCGAGACCAUGCACGCGCCCGACAACGGAAGCCAGGAGAAUGUUCAUGAGCUACCCCCUGAGAAACUCAAGAUUCGCGAGGUGGACAUCAUCGACAUUGCCAGUGACCCUGUGAUGCCGCGGGAUGGACGCAGGCGGCAUGCCGGUUGCGGCGCAGGAGAGGAUUUCAAAGAGGACGAGGACCCGUCGACCUUUGUGUCCAAGAAGACUGGUCGGGGCCCACUGAAGGGGGACUGGAUGAAGACCUGCAAGCCGGUGAUGUGUGCAUACAAGCUUGUCACAGCCGAAUUCAAGUGGUUUGGCCUGCAGAGCCGCAUCGAGGCCUACAUUCAGAAAACUGAGCGAAGGAUCUUCCUCAACUUCCACCGGCAGGUCUUCUGCUGGAUUGACAGGUGGCAUGGUAUGACCAUGGCUGAUAUCCGCAAGCUGGAAGAGCAGACCAAAAAGGAAUUGGAUGAUCAACGCAACAAGGGCACAGUUCGAGGCACCAAGGGUGAAGAGUGAAAAAGCCGCCUGCCACUGCUGGUUCAUCCUUUUGAGUCACUGUUGUUGUUGUUGUUUGCGCGUUGAGGACCUCUAGCUAAGACAGAUGAGACUAAGCGAGCGAAAUGAAAGAAAAAAAAAAUUUGGGUGCCCGCCGUGGCUCGCAAGGACGCCCCGGGCCCCCUCAGCCAGACACAUUCCUUUGCCGCCAUCGAGGCGGCGGCGGUGGGCGGGGGCCUGCUGUCGUCUCCUGCUCCAAUAAAAAAAAAAACAAGAGACAAGCUGCCCUCCUCCUGUCCUGCGGCGUGUGUGUGUGCAGCUUCUCCCAUCUAGUCCCUCUAGCAGCAGUGCCUGCCGGUCAGCUCGCAUCAGACGGUAGGGGGAAACACGUUUGCCAGGACUGGCAGUGUUGCCCCGACGCACGUGGCAGCGUGUCGAGCGGUUGUGAUCCAGCCUGUCUGGUGGGCAGCUUGUACAGAGUGCUCUCGUUUAGCAGUGCUGUGUUCCGUCUGUGAGGCUCGCGGUACCCUUAGGCAGAGAGUUUCUUACAACCACUACGAGAGGGAAAAGUGGCUGUUGGAUGCAUGGGAAUGCCAGGUAGUUGAGGUUGGCAUGUUUCUUGGAGAGCCUAGACAAGUGUCUGGCAGCAGGUCUUUCAUCUGCCAGUGUUUUAGUCUGCACUGAAACAUGUAAAAUGCUUUUUGCUACGUUAAGAAUUUGUUAUUAAAUCGCAUUUCCCCUAGUGUGUAUAGUUUUAAUCGAAUGCGAGCAAUAUCACUGGUAGGGUAAAAAAUUUGAGGCAAUGACGAGAAAGGAAUGCGCUUAUUCAUUGUGCACCACACCAGUCACUUGCUCAGUUCUGUUUUAGUUCAGUUCUUAUAAGUAACCAACAUAACAUAUUAUGGGAGAGCAAAGGCUGUACAAGAAAGCUUUUUUUUUUUUUUUUUGUGGCAUUCAUGUUUUGGGCCAGGCUACUUUCAAGGCAAGCUGUAACCAUUAUUUCCCUGCAUUUCGAUGAUGUUGCAUUACCCUGCAAGGAGCUUGCAUAAAUAAUGGCACCACGUUUCUCUCUAUGUAACGUUGUAAGAAACUCUGUCCGUAAGCGUGAUGCAGGAUUGCCUACAACCCACGUCGUGUAGUCUUCAUAGCUAGACAAAACAAGCUUUCUAGUACAGAACAAUGCAUAUUGUAAACAUAAGAAAACCGUGCCCCUGAAGCAGAGAAAUAGAUGGUACAGACACAGACACUCUUUGGGCUGUCCUACUCUGCAUAGGUCAAGAGUAAAUUGUCUUUUAUGUGUACAGAAGUGCAAGGACUUCUGUAGUGAUGUGUGCUGUUUUUUUUAUUGAUGCCUUCCCGGUGAUGUUCUGCCAAUUGGUUGCUUUCAUUCCAGUGCUAUCAGUGAUACUACUUCAGUGGUGCCCACUCCUGCUUAAAUAAAGAAAAGCUAUCAAAGGCCUUAAGGUAUUAUCAUGGAGGACAAAUAACAUGCGAAUGGGAAUGUGUGAAGUAGAACACCUCUCUCAAAUAAAAACUUAGGAAUACAAUUGUUUUGCUACUUAUUUGGUCACUGUAGUUGGUGUAAACUCCGAAACUUGGUGUACAAGCUGAAAUCGUGUUGUCAUCACAGGAAGUGAGGAAAGUGGGAAGAAAAAAAAAUUGUGUUUACCCUAACUUGCUGUCGUUUCAUCUGACCAUGAUAGUACACUUGGCACCAAAAGUUUGCUGAUCCUGAAAUGGGAGAAAAUAAUUCUCCGAGCAGUUUGUGGCCAUAUCGAGUAAAACCAUACAACACUGUUUGCAUAUAUUGUAGUGCAGACUGAAAACUAGAAUAUCCGGCUACAUGUCAGGCUGUGGAAGUAUCCAUUUUUUAAAAUCUUGCAGUCCAUAAACUUUUGGCACUGGCUGUACAUGACCUGCAUUUCCUGAACUAGUUUGCAAGAUGCCACACUGCAUUGUUUGCUUCACUGAUAGAAUUGGCAUGUGUGGUUUCUGUAUUGCCACAAGUUCCCAGCGAAUAUUAAGCUUCAUAGGCACUGUUCAAGAUUCUCCUUGUACUUCCAUGAAAUGUGGCACAGCACAACACUGCGUACAUCCCACUGCCUUGGGUCAUGUGAAGGAGUGUGUAAUCUUGUGUUGUUGAGCAGAAGUAAACAAUGUGGACAGGACAGACGCUCUGUCCUGCCCACGUCGUCUCCUUCUGCCGUUAUUCUGCUCAACGACACAUGAUGCACGGACAGUCAACGAGUGUAUUAUUGUUUCAUGGUAACACCGGAAAAAAAUAUAUGCCACUAAUGUCUGUAUGAACCUGCAAGUGCAGUGCUUCAUUCAGCUUGGGAACUUGGGGUAGCACACAUAUUUGCCCGUCUUAACCUUGGCUUGAGUGGUCUUAUGGCUUCUAAAUUAAACCUAAUUUGUCGCAGAUUUCUUGUAUGGCAAUGAUUAGCUCCAUUAGCCUCUCAUUUCUACCAUUGUACUGCUUUCAGAACAUUGGAAAUAAAAACGGUUUAAGGCGUUGAGAAUUGCCUACAGGGUAAGCGCCACUGUCCAUGUCAUCCAGAUAUGUCAGUAUGCAAACUAAAAUUUGUAUAGACUUACAUUUACAUGCUGAAAAUUGCAUUAUAAAAUAUAUUGGUUGUGAAUAUAAAGCGCUUAACUGCUCUCAAGCAGUGUGCAGGUAAUGCGUAGCACAGGUGCCAGGAAAAAAUACUUUUGUCAGUAAAGCAACACCGAAUCUUGGGGAAAAUCCGUGCACUGCCCAUUGCUCUGUUAGUGGUUGAACUGCUGAAGUGCCAGGUUGCCCUCUGGUAAUCAUUGUAUAAAACAUUGUAGUGAUGUUAGAAGAGGCAUAUUCAGUUGUGUUGAGAUGCAGCCACUUUUUGUGUAUUUGGGAUUGCCGUGCAGAAGCAAUCAAAUGAGACGAGGGGUCCUCAAUUUCUCCCUUAUUACUUCGAUGAUAUUCUCAACUGACGGGCAUGGUCAGAAAACAUUGCAGAAUGUCUGUGGAGAUAAUGAUAAAGUUGGGAAAGUUUCAUGUGAUGCAGUGGGUCAGGAUUCGUACUGGGAAAGAAUCGGGGCGAAGCUUCCGAGGUAUGCUUGUGUGUGUGGCAGUUCUUUCAAAUGUGCAUGCUACGAAAGAGUCUUUCCCUCAUUAAAGGCUUUGUCUUCAGGCCUGCUUCUUGCCACCACUUUUACUUGCUGCAGGUAGAUAACUUUACAGCUGUUAGUCCUCACAUUGCCAUUUAAUACUGCUACAGGAGCAAUUGGGCUUUAACUUUUUCUCGGGCUUAGUUGAGCAGCAGUGUGUUCCCUGAAUAUAGACGUCAAAUUAAUGUACAACAGGCUGUCGCUAUGUUUGCAACUGUCACAGUUCUUGAAGGCCAACUGCAACGAAAUUUUGCUGCUUAAAUUGGGUAUAAAUUAUUAUUAUGCACUAUUGAAGCAAUUUUGGCAAAGCUGGUAAUAACAUUUUUUUAACAGCCUUUAAAUAGCACCUGAGCAAACAUGCAUCUGGUGGCGAGUGGGUACAACACAAAUCCCAGAGCAUGGCCUCAGAGAUUUUCGGCAUGCUGCUGGUGCCACCCAAUCUUAGGGGUCAUGCUGAGGAGCCAUGCUGGUUCUCAUUAUUCUGGAUUCUGCAUAAUUUCCAGAGAGGUGAUAGCUGCAUUUUUUCCAUUUCACUAUUAAAAAAUGCCUAUUUGUGCAAGCUUUUUGCAAUACAUCCACUUGUGCUUGAAAUGUAAAAUUUUGCAUGGAGGCUGCUCUUUAUCUACACUAUAUAAGGCUAGGCUGUUUAUGCGGUUCAUUUCAUUGCUGUUGGCUUUUAAGGCUUCAGCUGAUACCGUUGUCGUGCAGAAAAGUUGCAUAUCUAGCUACUCGAGCCUUGGAUGUAAAAUCUGGUCAGCCAAGUGCAGGGCUGUAUUUUAUUGCUGGCUUUGGUGCUAGUGUUGCAUAGGGUAUUCCAAGCCUGCAGGUGUUGACUGUAUGAAAUGGGAAUGCGAAAGUGCCAUUUGGCUUUGCCGUGGCAAGUAAUGUGUGAAAAGAGAUCUGCCAAAUUCCAUGUGAUGUAACUGGCAAGUGGUUUUGAAGUGCCAUAAGGAAUAACUGCCAUUGCUUGGACUAGUAAGACUUCCGAGGUCUGCGCUUCUCCCGCAAGAGUAGAAAGCAUCUUGCAGUGUCAAAAUGGAACCUCUGGCUAUAUUUCCAACUUGUGUUUCGUUAUUUCGCGUCUGCAUCAAAAUUGCACUGGCACGAACAAUACAAUGGUCUCAAUGUUAUGCCUAGGUGACAUUGGUGAUGUUUGAAAGGACUUAAUUCGUUAGCUUGCUGAUACUUUGGAAAGCUGAUAUUCCUUAAUGGGGCCUCUCUCUGCCUUCCAUUUAUUGCCGAUGUUAGCCCAAUAUUAUAAAACCACCCAUACAAUGUUUUAUUGAUUGUGGAUGCAAGCCAAGAACACAACUGAAGGUGUGGCUCCCUUCAAGCUGUUCACAAUUCCACAGAAUCAUCCAUAUUGAUUACCGCACUGUAUGUGUGAAUAUUAUUUUUGCUGUGGCUGUUUGUUUUGUGGUUCCAUGACAUUCAGUCAGUGAUGUCUGUGACAUGCACUGUUAUUAGUAUUUCAAAUAGAGUGAUAUGCUGUUAGGAUCUUAACUGCCUUAUAGUGUGUUGGAGGAAUAGAUCGGGAAAACAAUCCACAAAACACAGCCCUUGGUGUCUUGUAGCAAGGUUCACUGCCCACCAGACAGGCCAGGCGCCUGAAGAGGAGGAUCACGUGCACUGGGGCAUAUCCCACGAGUCUGCUGAAGCAUGCCAGCAGGCAAAGAAGAAAAAAAAAAAAAAAACUGUGCGUCCUUGGAUGUUUCAUUUCUAGAGAGGAGUCUGUGUUUCUGCUUUAUUUUUGUUGGUGUGGGGAGGAGGCUUUUCCUCAACAUGCAACGAAUGACGCAGUAAAAAAAUAGCCAUGACCCA